UAUGUGCCCAGGGCUGCCCUGGUGGACUUGGAGCCAGGCACCAUGGACAGUGUGCGGUCCGGGCCUUUCGGACAGCUCUUCCGGCCUGACAAUUUCAUCUUCGGCAUGUCCAUGAAGGAGGUGGACGAGCAGAUGCUGGCCGUGCAGAGCAAGAACAGCAGCUACUUCGUGGAGUGGAUCCCCAACAACGUCAAGGUGGCCGUGUGCGACAUCCCGCCGCGCGGCCUGCAGAUGGCGGCCACCUUCAUCGGCAACAGCACGGCCAUCCAGGAGCUGUUCCGGCGCAUCUCCGAGCAGUUCUCGGCCAUGUUCCGGCGCAAGGCCUUCCUGCACUGGUUCACGGGCGAGGGCAUGGACGAGAUGGAGUUCACCGAGGCCGAGAGCAACAUGAACGACCUGGUGUCCGAGUACCAGCAGUACCAGGACGCCACGGCCGACGACGCGGAGGAGGCUUUCGAGGACGGCGAGGAGGAGACGGACGAGUAGGGCGCUGCCCCGGCUGGGACGCUGGAACGCACACGUGCCUUCUCUGGCUCUGUGCGUCCUCCCUGACGGCCUCCGACUGCUGCCCCGGUCUCCACGUGUGGUCCAGGCCCCUCACAGGUGCAACACGGUGGUGUGAACGGUCAUCCUAAUAAAUGCUUUCAAUAGGAGGAGGAGUUCCAACCCAUCGGAAGACCAGACCACACGGAUUCUCCACCAGAGGACUUGAAAGAAAUAGCUGAGGGGCCAUGCAAGGCUGAAGACAUAAACCUCACCUUGCAUCAGCGGUCCAGUCGUCUGAGAAGUAGCAGGGAAGUUAGUCUUUUUUCAUCCUCUGUGAUGAAACCCGAAGCUGUGCAGUGUUGCCUUAUUUGAGUAUGCAAUAUGGAACUCCGAAACAAUCAAUUCGUAAUAAAAUGCUAAACUUGU